UUCGAACAGUUCUUUUGAGCGAACUGAACGUCGACUUUGGAAGAUCUGUAAUUUGGCCUAAUAUAUCAAGAUCUAUCCAUAGGACGUAGUUAAAACUUCUAAAGGUCUAUUCACAGGGACAACCAGGACCUGUCAAUGCCUAUUCAUACAGUAUAUGUAGGAGUCCUUUAACCUUAUCCAGUGGAUAAGGUUAAAGGACUUUUUGAGGAUGAUCACAGAACUAUGAAGAUGCCGAAAAUAUUAUCUAACCUAUUUAAGUCUUUUAUUUAUUUGAAUUCACAAAUAAAUGAAAUUAAAUAUUAUAAAACUUAUUGUGAAUAUAUGAAAUGUUUGUUGGUGUUAUUGCAAAACUCUUAAGCCAAAUCACAAUGUCAUUGAAUAAGAGCCUUUCUUUCUAUCCGAAACGACAUCAUUAUUAGUGAUUUUUUUAAAAGCAACUAGGAAGUUUCUUUGAAAAAUAUUUACAUUAGUACGAUACCGUGUAGUCACCGUGUGACUUUGUCAGUAUAGCAGCUGGAAGACGACGUUCAGUUCGCUCAGAAGAACUGUUCGACCAGUUCAGCUCGUUCAGAAAGAACUGUUCGACCAGUUCAGUUCGCUGAAUACAUCAGUUCUGACCUGAACUUGGGAAGGUCUAGAAAUGGGGUACUGAGGGUGUGUUCACUUCAUUGAAAUAAUUUUUUUACACAGCGAUCCAAACAAAAAUAAAAAUAUACAGUAUGAUGUAAAAUUUCACGGUCGUUCAGAAUAUGUCGUUACUUUAAAAACAAUACGUUCUUUUGGUAACAAUAUCCUCAAAAUAUCGAGAAAAACUUAUUUUUUCCAGGGGUACACAUGUACCCUUUGUUUAAUAAAGUGGAAAAUUUAUUUUUUGUUUCUUUCGCUCUUUCUUUGUUCUCUGCAUUUUGUUUUCUACUAUUUGUUUAUCGUCCGGUUUUGGACAGUGUCAUAUAUGUGCUUUCUCUUGUUCUUCGGAUGUGUCAAAUCGAAUCUUUCAAUAGUGCUGUACAGUUAUCAAAUUUUUUGGUAAGAAAGGCAACGUAUUGAAGAACAUUUUGAAAGAACAUUAGUUACAUAGUGAGUCAAAAAGAAGUUGUGACUCCUAACUGUCACUGAGUGUACUUAAAAUUUCUUUGGGUAGUUUAAAUAUCCUACCAUUUUCUUUGUGCUGCAAAAAAAAACUUCCUAAUAGAAUUUGAUCUCGUUCAAGCACUUUCAUUGUAUUGCAUUUUUCUGUGGACAUUCGUAAUUUUAGAUUGAACGUAAAAUUCUUCUAGUUUUAGUCACCAUUUUGUUGAAAAAAAGACAACGAAUUCACCACUGCCCGAUACGUUAACAUCAAAUGAAGUUCGUCGUUUAUUAAAAGAUAAAUAUAUUUUAUUCUUGGGUGAUAGUGUUAAGUUGCAAACGCCUUAAAAGUCGCCCUCGCUACUGUGUGUAUUCGACGUUUCUGCGUGAAGAAAGAUAAACUGAGAGUCUGGCUUUAUUCACUUGAAACUGCCAUGAGAAGUCUACACUUUCUUUGAAGAAUAACUACAGUUUUUUUAUGUUGAUUUAUAGGAGAAAUUAGACUCUAAUUAUUUGUCUUCUUCUUUUUAGUUAUUAAAGGUGUCUACAAAGAUUUUGUCCAGUUUAUUCAGAAUGACAAUCUAUUAGAACUACAUCAUUUGAUGACAAAACUAUGUUCAAAAUAUGGUAUUAUGUAUAUUGAUCUUCAUUCAUUGUUUGGCGGUGGACUGGUUCAUUUAAAAGCUGUUGAUGGAAUUAAUUGGAAUGCAAUUGGACAUCGAAUAAUGACAGAAAUUAUAAUUAAUUAUUGUAAAGCAUUCUGGAAUGGUGCAGAUCUAUUAAAAAAUACAGAUUUACGUAAUUAUUCACAUUAUAUUAAAACACAUUGGACUGUGGUAAGUUUUCAAUAUGUAACCUGA